ACGUAACUUGUAAUUAACUUGAUUUGCUGAAAAAAUGUUGAGUUUGAGUAAAUGUUGCGUCGUUUUGCCACCUUUUCCAGUCUUGUUCAGCGAUGUUGAGCGUUGUUCAGUUGAUUUUGAAGGCCGUCAAAAAUGUUCAGUGGACAGGAUUAAAUUUCUUUUGUUCACAGAUGUUGUAGAGAAAUGUCCAGUCGUUUUGCCACUCUACUGAACAUUGCCCAGUCAAUGGCGCACGUGCAAUUGAUGCAAUGGAUUGGAUUUGGCGCGAAUUCAUUUCCCAAAAUUUUCUGGAUGUCCACACACUGAACAAAGUGAGCAAUGUCCAGUGCAAAUGUCCAGACGAAUCAAAUCCUAUCUAACAGUAAGGGUUUCAGAUUUUCCAUACAGGCUGCACGAAGGGGAAUGCCCUUGUUUCAAGGUUAAGUCACGAGACUUCAAAGAAAUAACAUCGAUGCAAUUUGAAACCAACUUCCAAAUGAAGAAGAUCACGAGACAUAAGCCUUCAAUAGCGUUGGGCUUGAUUCAGAAUGCGAUCUACACUGUACAGCUCUUUCAACGGAAAACGUCUUGUAAGGAAACAAGAUGAGCUGCUGCUCGCAAGCAGAAAUAGGUGCAGGCGAAGAUAACGCUUUGGUCGAAAGCUACCAACAAAGAUUUCGAAAUGGACGCCAAAAAAAAGACCAAAGUCGUGGAGAAAAAGCAUUCAUUGCCAUCUUAAAAACUGUUUAUUGUACAGCAGGCUACUGGGUGCCUUCGAGUUGCUGUUACAUGUACGUGUUAUGGUUGCUGUGUUUGUCAUGUUUCCAGCUUGUGUACGACCUGUUCACUGUCUUCAACUGUCCGAAUUUCGACUGCCGCUUUCUUAUAGACACCAAAACCCAUACAAACCCGAUGCGAAAGGCUCAAAAUGCUGCAUAUACGUUGGCCUCGAUCGGUGGUCUCUUUUCGUAUGUGUUUAUGAUUGCAACACUGUACGUAGCAAGGAACAAGAAGAAAAACGCUCUCGGCCCGACGGCAAUCAAAAAAGAUAUCAGCAAGAGCAGGCUCUGUACCUUGGUGUUGCUCCUGGUUAUUAUUGGUACAUGCUAUGCGGCCUCUGUGUCGAUGUUCUACUAUCUAGUCCGGAAUCAGAUCUCGUCCCGGAAAUUCAUCCUUCUGGCAACAGGUGUAGGAUCACAGCUGAUAACUCAAUGGACCGGAUUAGUGGCCUGCUUCGUGUUUGCAGGAUCGUCGCUUGCUCUGGGGGCCUUUUCAAGAGAUUUGGAGACAAGGAUAAAGGCUAUGGAGACAGAAAAUGUGAACUCUUCCAUCGUCAUGCACCAAGAAUUCGCUAGGAUCGUUAGUGAUACAGUGGAUUCCUUUUCGCUAUGGUUCGUCUUCCAUUGGAUCCUGUAUGGGCUAACGACCAUUGUUGCUUUGGUUGUUGUCGCAAGCCAUUUUGGGAAUGAACAUAACGUCAUUAAAGAGAUCUACUUGUGUUUCUUUCUGGGAAUUCACUUGUUUAUGUUCGUGUUUCCUUGUGUCUGCGCAGCUUACAUCACAAGUACUUGCAACGGCGUCAUUUCCAGGCUGAACAACACAUCUGAAGACGACUGGCCAGACCGGCACAUCUUUCGAGACCGUGCCAAAUUACAGCUUUUUAUUUCCUACGCCAGGGACAGUUCGGUUGGUUUCAGAAUUGGAAGAAUUACGUUCACAUCCACCCUGGCCUGGUUCUCAUUUUUCCUUGGAAGCUCUGGCCUUCUGUUUAGAGUCUUUUAACUGACAGUGACAAAAAAAAAGGACGGACCAAGCCCAUAUUUAUCAUUAGGAUCAGAGCUUACUUUGAGCCAUUAUUAUCUGUCAUUUUAUACUGUAAGGAGUGUCGGACAAAAACACUAAAGUGCACUAUUUCAGCGCUUCCAUGCCAGCUUCAAAUUGUACAUCUUAAGCAAUAUUGUAAGUAUGUAAGUAUUCUUUUUGACUUAAUUCGGCAAGUGUAUAUUAACAUUGAGGUCUGGCAUCGAGAAAACCUAAAACAGUAA